UGUUUCCAACACACGUUUAUCGCUUGCGCUACCAUUAAAGUCACACGUAAAUUGUUCAUUUUUAGUUAUUCAUAUUUGAGACAAUGAACUGUCUGCUUACAUAAUUUCCAGAUUGACUCACAUUUUUUCUGGAGAUUUAAAUAAUGCGAGGUCAUCUGAACUUUCGAAUUUGAAUGAUACUAUAAAAAUAUAUAUCUGAUUAUUAGUCAGUUCAAAGAACGUGAAACUACCGUGGAAACUUUUGAUUUUUUAUUAUAAUUAGAGGACUAAUAAGAACAAAUCAAGUAUAAUACAUAUUUACAAAUACUUGAAAUUAUUGAGGCAACCACCAACUCCUCUCGAAGUGCUUCUAGAGUCUGAGGAGGACGUAGCAAAUUGAGCAAUCUCCUACCCAUCAUAUCCCACACGUGCUCAAUUGGGGAUAAGUCAGGAGAUCUUGGUGGCCAUGGUAACAAUGUGACAUCAUUAUGUUGAAAGAAGUCUAUUGUGACUCUUGCAACAUCUGGUCGGGCAUUAUCUUGUUGGAAAGUUGGAUCUGCCAGGGUGUCAAGAUAGGGUAAAAGAUGGGGUUCUAGAACUUCGUGGAUAUAACUCUGCGCGUUCAUGUUACCUCUGAUGAAGAUUAAAGGUGACCUGGAACCAUAGGCUAUAGCACUCCAAACCAUAACUCCAACAGUGUGAUGAAUAUGUCUUUCAACAAAAAACUGUUUUAUGCAGUGCAGACGACGUUCCAGCUUCCCAAACAUGUGAAAAUUACUCCAAGAAAUCAACAAAAUCAAUGAAAAUGCUAUAGACUUGAGCUAUUAUAUUUGUACCUAAAAAGUGAACUAGAUCAAUACUUUUCAGAUAACGAUUCAAAAACUUCAAAUACCUACAGGGUGUUUCAGAACUAUGGGAUCAAACUUGUAGGGGUUAUUCAGUGUAACAGUAGAAAACAGUACGGCCCUAAGACGCGUUAAAAUUCAGAAAGACUAUGAAUUGCCUAAAUCGGAUUUAAAGCAUUUAAUUUUUGCCUUUUGUACAUGAUAUCAUUCGAACAACAAUUGUUUAAAAUGGGUUCCUCGGCGGACUUGACUAAAAAUUUGAUACUCGUUUUGAAUGAUUUCACACGAUUUAACACGUCUUAGGGUCGUAGUGGCGUAGUGACACUUUCCGGAUAUGGGUCCCUAUACUCAAAUGUUUUCUACUGUUACACUGAAUAACUCCUAGAAGUUUGAUCCCUUAGUUUUGAAAUACCCUGUAUAUGUGGAUAGCUAUAUGCUUUAUCCCUAAAAUCCGACGAAUUUGUGAUGAAUCAGCAAAAAUAUACGUAUGCGGAAUAGAUCGAAGAAUCAGCUGUUGGCAGCAGCACCUUCAAAAGAAAUUCGUUUCGCAUGCUAGAUGCAAAUAGGUGGUGUAGUAGGGCGUUGGUCACAUAGGAAGGUGGCAAGGUUAUCGGCCAUUAUAAAAUGCAUGGGCAGUGCACUUGUAGCUAUCACUUGUUCAACAACACCAGAACAAAAUGAACGCAUUGUCCGUCGCCAUUUUUGUCGUAGCCGCGAUUGCCUCCGCCUCAGCGGGAGGCUACUAUGGAGGCUAUGACGAUGGCCAUUCCGCCAGAGGAGCCCUUGAGGGAGCUCUAGGAGGCCAGUGGAUUCCCGAUGUACCGGUCCAUGGCGGAGCUGGCAUCGGCCACGCUGGAAUCAUCGGACAUGCCGGAAUCGUAGCACCAGCUGCGAUUGGUUACGGUCUGGGACUUGGAGCGGGACAUCUGGGACUUGGAGCCGGACAUUUGGGACUCGGCUUGGGACACGGACUCGCCUCCAGGGGCGCUCUCGAAGGUGCUUUGGGAGGACAGUGGAUCCCUGACACUUUGGAGCAUGGACACCAUGGAAAAUAGAUUUAUUAUAUUAGUUCUUGUAAAUUUCAAAUCUGGUCUCUUAAAUAAAUUUUUAUUUUUUUAUAUCAUUUGCUUUCUUCUUUUUCAUGCGCUGUAUGUAGAUAAGUAAUGUAUAUAUACUGUGUAUACUUUUAUCUUCUUCUUCCGUUCUCUCUCUCUCGCUCUCUCUCUCUCUCUCUCUGUCUUUACUGUUAUGUGCUGUCAACUAUUUUUUCAAUAAAUCUAUUUUUCCUUUAAGUUUGUGUUUUAAUACCGAUCAGUUAGAAGAAUAAUUAAAAAUC